GGCGCUGCCGGCGACCAGCGGCAUCGCGUCAGCCAGUACGUACGGGCCAGCUCACAUCAGCAUCACACACAAAGAGCCGGAGCGCAGAGACGAACGCAUCGCAUCAGCAGCGGCAUUUGAGGGAAGCACAGAACAGCGGCGGACGUAGCGUGCAUUUUGUGGCCGACCAGAGAAGCAGCAUCAGAUACCCCUACAAGAAACUUUCGAGAGAAGGAAAGAAAGAAGCCAAGCGUCAGGAUGAGUGAUCCUAAGAAUGCGGAUAACCUGGCGACAGCAAUCCUUCGUAAGAAGGACAAGCCUAACAGACUCCUGGUGGACGAGGCCAACAACGAUGACAACUCGGUCGUCGCCCUGUCCCAAGCCAAGAUGGACGAGCUGCAGCUCUUCCGCGGUGACACAGUCCUGCUCAAGGGCAAGCGUCGCAAGGAGACCGUUUGCAUCGUUCUCUCCGACGCUAACUGCCCUGACGAGAAGAUUCUCAUGAACAGAGUUGUCAGGAACAACUUGAGAGUGCGCCUCAGCGACGUCGUGUCCGUGCAGUCUUGCCCGGAGAUUAAAUAUGGAAAGAGAAUUCAUGUUUUGCCCAUCGAUGACACCGUUGAGGGACUCACAGGCAACCUCUUCGAGGUUUAUCUGAAACCAUACUUCUUGGAGGCAUACCGUCCCAUCCACAAGGAUGACACAUUCAUUGUCCGUGGUGGUAUGCGCGCUGUAGAAUUCAAAGUUGUUGAGACUGAUCCAGGACCUUUCUGUAUAGUAGCCCCUGAAACUGUGAUCCAUUGUGAGGGAGACCCAGUUAAGAGAGAGGAAGAAGAGGAGGCAUUGAACGCCGUUGGUUACGACGACAUCGGUGGCGUGCGCAAACAAUUAGCUCAAAUCAAAGAAAUGGUGGAACUCCCGUUGCGCCAUCCUUCUCUUUUUAAAGCCAUUGGUGUCAAGCCACCCCGUGGUAUCCUCUUGUAUGGUCCACCAGGUACUGGUAAGACUCUCAUUGCCCGCGCUGUAGCUAACGAAACCGGAGCGUUCUUUUUCCUUAUUAACGGUCCCGAGAUUAUGAGCAAACUUGCCGGUGAAUCUGAAAGUAAUUUGCGUAAGGCCUUCGAAGAGGCAGAGAAAAACUCCCCAGCCAUCAUCUUCAUUGAUGAGCUCGACGCCAUUGCUCCAAAAAGAGAGAAGACCCACGGUGAGGUUGAGAGGCGUAUCGUCUCGCAGCUUUUGACUCUUAUGGACGGCAUGAAGCAGAGUGCCCACGUCAUUGUGAUGGCCGCCACGAAUCGUCCGAACAGCAUUGACGGAGCUCUUAGACGUUUCGGUCGUUUUGACAGAGAAAUCGACAUCGGUAUACCAGACUCGACUGGACGUUUGGAAAUUUUGCGCAUCCACACGAAAAAUAUGAAGCUUGCUGAAGAUGUCGAACUAGAAGAGAUUGCUGCUGAAACUCAUGGUCACGUUGGUGCUGAUUUGGCGUCUCUGUGCUCGGAGGCUGCUCUGCAACAGAUCCGAGAGAAGAUGGAUCUGAUUGAUCUCGAGGACGACCAGAUCGAUGCUGAAGUACUGUCUUCGCUUGCCGUAUCAAUGGACAACUUCAAGUACGCAAUGAGCAAGAGCAGUCCUAGUGCACUGCGUGAGACGAUCGUGGAGGUGCCAACAGUCACCUGGGAAGACAUCGGAGGUCUACAGAACGUCAAACUGGAACUGCAAGAACUUGUGCAGUACCCAGUCGAACAUCCAGACAAGUUCCUCAAGUUUGGUAUGCAACCAUCGCGUGGUGUGUUGUUCUACGGUCCACCCGGUUGCGGUAAGACACUGCUGGCUAAGGCUAUCGCUAACGAGUGCCAGGCGAAUUUCAUCUCCGUCAAGGGACCGGAACUGCUCACCAUGUGGUUCGGUGAGUCCGAAGCCAACGUUCGUGACGUCUUCGACAAGGCAAGAUCUGCCGCACCCUGCGUGCUCUUCUUUGAUGAGCUGGACUCCAUCGCCAAGUCCCGAGGCGGUUCCGUGGGAGAUGCUGGUGGUGCUGCCGAUCGUGUCAUCAAUCAGAUUCUGACAGAGAUGGACGGUAUGGGUGCCAAGAAGAACGUAUUUAUCAUCGGUGCAACGAACAGGCCCGACAUCAUCGAUCCGGCUAUUCUUCGACCUGGAAGACUGGAUCAAUUGAUCUACAUCCCACUGCCUGACGAAAAGUCCCGCGAGUCUAUUUUCAAGGCUAAUCUUCGCAAAUCGCCCGUCGCUCAGGAUGUCGAUUUAACUUACAUCGCUAAGGUCACGCACGGAUUCUCCGGAGCCGACAUUACAGAAAUCUGUCAGCGCGCCUGCAAGCUGGCUAUUAGGCAAUGCAUAGAGUCGGAAAUCCGUAGAGAAAAGGAACGAGCGUCCAAUCCCGCUGCUUCUAUGGAUACGGAUGAAGACGAUCCUGUUCCCGAGAUUACGCGAGCUCACUUCGAAGAAGCUAUGAGGUUCGCACGACGAUCGGUCUCGGACAACGAUAUUCGCAAAUACGAAAUGUUCGCCCAGACUCUCCAACAAUCGCGAGGGUUCGGCACUAACUUCAGAUUUCCUCAAAGCGGCCCAGGUGGAGCUCAAGAUACAACACAAGGUGACCAACCGUUCCAAGAUGAUGGCGAUGACGAUCUCUACAGUUAAGUUUAAUUUCCACACACGAUUUGUAAUUUCGUUUGCAGUGAGCAUACGACAAAAGGGCCUGUCUAUUACCGUGUACAUUUUACACUGAAACCGUAAUUUUUAAUGGUUCGUAUAAAUUUGAAUAAACUAAUGAAUUCAAGGUUUUAUAUGAAGAUACGUGUUGUGUGUACUGUAUAGUGGUAAGACUGUUAAUAAAUUAAGAAUUCUCUUUCUCAGCUUCAUGAUGAAAGCGGACAAAAAUAGCACUUUUUCAUGCAAAAAUUC